AUGCCAUUGAGUAACCCGAAACUAAUUAGUGGCCCUGCCAUUCAUAACCAUUUCUCAAUUCUAAUCCUUCAACUUUUCCUUUCUCAAUAUCAUCUCUGCCUCUGCCCCUGCCUCUGCCUCUGUCUUUUGAAAUGGGAAUUUCUUCGAGUAGCGGAAGAGCAAGCAAUUAUUUUCAUAACCCACAUCUUCCAUCACCUUUCUAUUACUCUGCAGAAGCGCCGCCGCCGCCGCAAGGCUACUAUUUCACCUCAACCACGCCUUAUGCACUGCAAAAUAGCAACUAUGUGCAUCCCCCUCCUCAGACGCAUAUCUUCUGUUACUCAAAUGCGUACAGCAAUUGUUCCAAUUUUGCUAAUUCUAUGGUGGGUAGGUUUCAGUAUCCCCCAUCUUAUUUUGUAAAUCAUGCUACUGGGUGGCCUGCAAUUUAUCCAUCGGUUGGUCCUCUCGUCUCUCCACCUCCCUAUGUUGAUCAUCGAACGGCUAAGAAGAUCAGGAAUGAUGUCAACGUGCAUAAAGAUACAUUGCGGCUGGAGGUAGAUGAGCAUUAUCCUGAUCAGCGCUUGGUUUCAUUCGUUUUCGAUGCCUUGCAUGAUGGGAGCAUUACGAUAUUCUACUUUGCAAAAGAGGAGGAAAAAUGUAGGUUUGUACCAUUGUUUUCCAAUGUAUUUGAGCCAAUCAGAAUCCCCUUUCAGAAAGGAGUAGGCCAGAAAUUUUGUCAGCCCUCAGGAACAGGCAUUGACGUAGGGUUUUUUGAGUUGGAUGAUCUCUCAAAACCCUCACUUGGAGAUAAUGUCUUUCCCCUUGUAAUAUGCGCUGAAACAUGUUUGGCAACUUCAUCAGUAGACGAAAAUCUUGGCAAUUCCGUGCUAGAUUUUUCUCCUCACAUGCAGAUUACUCAAGCCAUCGUUGAGAAAGGCAAUGGUGAUGGUUCUUUACAAGUAAAAGUAGACAGGCAGAUUCUGUGGAUUGAUGGGGUCCGUUAUGAGUUAAGAGAGUUAUAUGGAAUAGGAGGCUCAGUAGCAGCUGGUUUUGAUGACAAUGAUUCUGGGAAGGAGUGUGUAAUAUGCAUGACUGAACCAAAGGACACAGCUGUAUUACCUUGUCGACACUUGUGCAUGUGCAGUGACUGCGCACAAGCUUUGUGGCUUCAAUCGAAUAAAUGCCCAAUAUGCCGUCAAUCUAUCGAGGAACUUAUGGAAAUCAAUAUAAACAAUGGUGAUUAUUGGGAUCUUAGAUGGUAAGUUGAAUUGUAUGGUAUUAGCAUCAAAUUCCUUCCUUUUCUCCUUUGUUCUCAUGUCUGCAGUCAGGUGAUGUAUAGAAAAUUCCAUUUUGUUCAUGGAGUUAAUGUUCUUCUGUUAAUAGUCCUUAUGUACUGUAUCCAAAAAGGAAACUACACGCUGUUUUCUGGACAGCUUUACAUCUUUUCCUUUCCUUAGCUUUGUCCGAGUGAUAUUUGACAGGAGGUGGUUUUUCUAGAUUUUGCAGAAUAAAAGGUACAUAUAACAACCUGGUUUGAUUUUUUGAAAAACUUCCUCUCUCUUUGUGACGGGUGUAAAAUUCCUCCCUUAAAGAAUUGAUUUCGCUGGAAUGUUAUCAUGGUUAGUCAACAUCAUUGUUGUAGCCUU